AUGGCGGGAGAGAGAAGAAAGUGGGUUUCGGCGGGAGGGAGAGAGAGAGAAAGAAAAAGAUGGGGUACGUGGCGAUGGCGGGAGAGAGUGGGAAGAGGUUUCAACGGGGGGGAGAGAGAAAGAGAAGUUCUCGUGGUGGGGGAGAAAAAGGUGGCGGAAUGA